AUGUCUACCAUCACUCAGAGUCCCUUGCCUUCGCCCAAUACCCACCCUGACGACUACUUCUCCAUAAAGUUGCCCCAAUCACAACCACAAUCACAAUCCUCAUCAUCAACAUCCUCAUUACCUCAUCAUCAACAUCACCAUCAUCAUCAUCAUCAUCAACAUCACAAUCACCACCACCAAUCAGACAUCAACAACAACAUCUCAUCGCAUUCUCGCGACACCUCCCCUUCAACAGAAGACUUCUCUUUGAAAAGAAGCUUGUCCAAAAAACUCAAAAUAUCAGACUUGCCUAAAAAAUUCAUCACCAUCUCUCAAUCUUUAAAAGGUUAUAACCCCGAAGCAACCAACUCUUCUGAUCAUCUAGAACAACAACAACAUCAACAACAACAACAACAACAACAACAACAACCAUCACUACACACCGAUAAACCUCUCCCAAAAAUACCCAAGAAAAUAUCGUUAUGCCCAGAUAAACCAAGUUAUACCAAAGACGGAUACUUCAAUGAUUCAAACACUUAUACCAAUUUCACCCCCUCGGCAAAUAACAACCAGAACCCCAGCGUAUACACUACCGGAAAGUUGCCCGCGUAUUUGUUGGCAACUAAUAAAUUCAAUUCCCUGUUGGCUCAAAUCACAGAAAAUGAGUCGUCGUCGUCAUCCAAUAAUAACAACAACUUUCCCUUCAAUUUGGGCCACAACAACUUGAAUACCCCUCGUCACCCAUACCAUAAUCGUCACCACGGCCAUGUCAAAUCGUCGUCUUCUACCGGGCACAUUGAAAAACCAAACAACAGAUCAUCAGUGAUGUCUCUUUCAUCAUACAACAACCUCCAUCUUUCCCAUCCAGACACCCCGAAAUCUGCAAACUUUGACCCAAUAAUCGUCCACCCUCCCAGCACAGGCUGCUCAAACAUCGUCGACACUUUCUCCUCAGAUAUCGGGCAAGGCCUAUACCGUACCAAUACCAACAUGAGUAUCUCAAGUUUACCAAAUAUCAACUCGGCGUACUUCAAUCGCCGUCAAAAGAAAAUUGGCGACUGCACCCAUAAUUUACCCCAAGGAGUGGAAAUCUUGUCCGCCAAUGUUUUUGCAAAACUUUUCUCCAAUGAUUUUUUGCCGCCCCCCCUGUUCAUUCUCAUUGAUGUCCGAUCUUUCAACGAAUUUGCAAAAUCUCGGUUAUCCCAAGCAAUCAACAUCUCUUUGCCCACUACCUUACUCAAAAGAUCAAACUACACCUUGAGCAGAACCAUUCAAUCGUUAAACAGUUUUGAAAAAACCCUUUUUUUGGACGCUUUGAAAAACCAAGAAGAGUUGAUAUCUCAAAACAAACGAGUGUUCACCAAGCAUCCGUUAUUGCCUUGUGGUCCAUACGGCUUACCUUCAAUUAUAUUAUACGACAACUCCUCCCCUGAAGCAUCAUCCAGUGUUGGCUAUCCAAGUUCAUCCCCAAAGUGCUCGCUCUCUCUUGCUUACAUGGCUGGUAAGUUCAAAACCAACAACUCAUGGAAUGCCCCAAUUUAUGUCUUAGAAGGCGGGUUCACCGGUAUCCAAACCCACUACAAACAUUUGCUCGAUAACGGCGACCCAUUCAAAUCGACAAACUAUGAUAAUUUGAAGUUGCAAAUGAAGCUUGACAACUCAACUUCAGAAGAACAACAAGCGAUCUCAAUUAACCAGCACUUCACUGGGGGAACCGAAGAACCAGUGAGCAACAAACCAGUGUUUUCUAUGUCCCUUGAUUUACCUGACCAACCAACCUCAUUAAACGGUGGCCAAAUCCCGUUCAUUUAUCCUCCACCAUCAAACCAACAUAAGCGUCAACAAUCAUCAUUGACCAUCGACACUUCUUCGACCACCAGCACCGCCAAUUCCAUUUCCACCACCAAUAGUACCACUGGCGGCGCUGCCGCCGUUGUUGGCGACAAUGCUUCAUUUUUGACGGUGUCAUCAUAUACCAACGGUGAGCUGCAAAAUGCGUAUCCCAAUUUCAAACUUCCUUUGCUGGCCCAACAAACCACCACCGUCCCAACAUCAUCAUCACUGGGUAAUCUGCUGCUGUGUUUGAACCUGGCGCUGUUACUGUCCGCGACAAGUUCGGUAUUUUCAGGGUUCCAAUUGCCAGCCGCAAAGCAUUUUUUCAGAGUCAGACAAAAUGACGAACUGAUAAGUAUGGAAACCUGCAACGAAUUUAUCAAACUUGCCAACUUGGAAAAAUUGAACCGUGAAGAAAUGCAAAGACUUCCCAAAUGGUUCAAAAACGCGGUCACAGACGACAACAAUGAUGGAUUGUUGGAAAAAGAUUUUGCCUCAAGUUUCACCAAUGAUGAAAAAAAUAAUUGCUUGCCCAUCAAGUUUAGUUCAAAACCAUUGACCACCAAGUUUGAUUAUUUGGAAACCCAGGAACGCAAACGAAUGAAUAGAAUGAUGACCAAUGAAGCUUAUGACGAAUCUGUGGGUGAUUAUUCUUUGCUAAACAAUGGCCAAAAAACUAUCGAUGGAACAUCAAUCAGUGCUCCGAUCACCCCUUGCGAUGACCGUGACUAUUCCAAAUCUAUUAGACCAUAUCUUCCUGAAUCUCCAUCGCGUGUUUGUGGUGUGGAAAUGGGCCACAAAAAUCGAUACAAGGAUAUUUUGCCAUUUGAAAAUACAAGAGUCUGUCUAGGUCGGACCAGGGAUGAUGCUGAUGCUGAUCAUGCUGCGGCGCCUGCUGCUGCUGCUGAUGAUGAUAUGGAUGAUGAUAAAAGCCACAAAUUCAACCCGUCCAAUGUUGAUGACAGAAUCGGAGUAGACUUUGGCAAUUAUAUCAAUGCCAAUUAUUUGACUAGUAUUCCAAUGAAGUUGAAGCCCCAAGUUCCACCAACCAUUUCCUCACGCACUUCAAAUGCCAGUACCGCAGUGUCAGGUGUUAGUUCUGAUGAAGCCAUGGUUAUUCUGUAUACCAAUGAUGAGGAGGAGAAAGAAGAAGAAGAAGAAGAAGAAGAAGAAGAAGAAGAAGAAGAAAAAGAAAAAGAAGAAGCUGAUGAUGUGGUGAUGGGUCACGAUACAUUAACUAGAAAUAUUGGCCAAAUGAGUCUCGAAGAUUUUGGUAAUCCUAUAUCGAGAAUACCUAAUAAUGUCACGAAAUCUCCUGACAAUGUGGCUCACUCCCUCAAAUAUAUCGCCACCCAAGGUCCACUCACGUCCACCAUUGGCGAUUUUUGGUAUAUGAUCAUUACCGAGAACUCGCCGCUCAUUAUUUCGUUGACAGAAGAAAAAGAUGGCCAAGUGGAAAAAUGUGCAAAUUAUUGGAAAACUCAAUCGGUGAUGUCGACGGUGGGACAACUCAAUAUUCAAGAAUUGGAAUCGAAUUUGCUUGAAAAUAAGAUUUGUGGGUUGGGGAAAAACGUGGUGUUGCGUCGGAUCUUGGUGGAUGCCAUUGAUUUGAACCAGAAACACGAGGUUAUUCAAUUGCAGAUUCUCAAUUGGCAUGAUCUCGGGACUUUUGUCCAUUAUGACGAGUUAUUGUCAGUGGUAUUUUUCAAAAGAUAUUUACUUCAAGCGACGGCACAAUAUAAGGGUUUAAGUUUUGAUGAUAAUGCCCGAGUGGUGGUUCAUUGUUCUGCUGGCUGUGGCCGUACCGGAACUUUCUGCACCAUCGAUGCCAGCAUUAAUUAUGAGCUUGACAAUUAUGGAUUACAACUGAGUUCUAAAGACGACGUGGGGGAGAAAACCGUUACUUCUACUCCAAGAGUGGGUCAAUUUUCUUUUAAUGAAGAUGUCGAGACCAGUAAUGAUUUGUCUGGCGAGAAUGAAGAUAUACCGGGAAAAGCAGACAAAAUGAAAACUCGGGAAAACGAUUUACUUUUUGAUCCGGUGUUUGCCAACGUCCAACGGUUCCGUAAACAGCGGGUGAGCAUGGUACAAACUCUUCGGCAAUUUAUGUUGGUAUACGACACUUUGGUUAUUUUUUACAAAUAUUUGCAAGCACACUCUUUGAAGGAUUUUGAAGGUUCUGGAAAAGAAUGUGGCUUAGUACAACGAUUUUUAGACGAUUGGCAACGAAUUGAGCAAUGA